AAUAACAUGUCAUGUGUCGGUAUUGCUUGGCUUGCUUUAUGCUUUCCUUACUUUGCUUGAACGCGCGUCGUCAGACAUUUAGAUUGUUUAUGUAAAAAAACAUUUACCGCAUAACUCAUAUCGGAAUAGUAAACUCUGGCAUUCGCUUUAAUAUUACGAAAACCCAAUUAGUUGACGUUAACACAAUAAAUAUCGUGAAAGUGACAGUAAGAUUCGACAUAGUUUUUGUGUGAUUAUAAUGUUAUUUCGCAUAUUUACGAUUACCUUCAGUUUGUUGUGUCGUUGACGUUGAAAAUGCUUCAUGCGGAGUACUAUUCGCGUAUGGUGGUGGACACUUGAUUGUAAUGAUGUUUGAGGCGGGAUAAACGCAUCAGCAGUUAUAAUGCAACACGAGUGUGCGGAGGCAGUUAGGAGUAACUUCGAGAGGCGGAAGCCAAGUAAAGUAUUAAAGAUAGCGGAGAGUUUCACAAACUUGGACGAGACGGCGAAGGCGGGCCGGUUCGUGCGAGGUCCACAUUCGAAGGUCGGCAGGAGGUACCGCGAUGGGCAGGACAGGACGAAGCGUGUUGUGUGUUGUGAUGAUGAUUGUGAUAAGGAGUCUGGUGUCAGUGACGAUUAUGAGAGACAGGGUGACAGGAGGGUGACGGGCUCUUCCUGUACCGCGCUAAGGACUGCUGUGGCUGCCCUCUACCCGUUUGAUGAUUUCACAUUGGAGAAGAUUGGGACUGGAUUCUUCUCAGAAGUAUUCAAAGUGACUCACAAAACGUCCGGCAAAGUGAUGGUGUUAAAGAUGAACCAGCAGCGCGCCAACCGUCCCAACAUGCUGCGGGAGGUGCAGCUCAUGAACAAACUCAAACACCCCAACAUAUUAGGUUUCAUGGGCGUGUGCGUGCGAGGGCAGCUGCACGCGCUGACGGACUACAUGGAGGGUGGUUCGCUGGAGCAACUGCUGCUUGGCCGGCCGUCCGAACCCCUGCCGCAGCCGAUGCGCAUCUCGCUCGCAGCGGAUGUCGCGGACGGCAUGAAGUACCUCCACUCGCUCGGCGUCUUCCAUAGGGAUCUUACUGCCAAGAAUGUAUUGUUAAGAAAAUAUGGCGAUGGAGAUUACAUGGCCGUCGUCGCCGACUUCGGUCUUGCCGCAAAAAUACCUCAUCCAAUUAACGGGUACCGCCUGCCGAGCGUGGGCUCUCCGUGGUGGAUGUCGCCGGAGUGCCUGCGCGGCCGCUGGUACGACAACCGCUCCGACAUAUUCUCUUACGGGAUCAUACUGUGCCAACUUAUAGCCAGGGUGGACGCCGACCCGGACGUGCUCCCGCGCACGGACAACUUCGGCCUCAACUACAUGGCGUUCGUGGAGCUCUGCGACGAGUCCACCGUGCCCGACUUCCUCCGGCUCGCAUUCAACUGCUGCAUUUACGAGCCAAAAGCGCGUCCGCUAUUCCCAGAAAUAGUGUGCAAGCUGGCCGAGGUAAAGGAGGGCCUCGACGACGCCGCCUGGUGCUCGCACGCCAACAACAACUACGAGAGCGAGGAGGCGGACUCGUCGGGGCCGCGCUCGUGUCCCGGACUGUACGGGUGGCGCCGCCCGCACCGCUACCGCUCCGAGGGCAGUCCGCGCCCGCGCGACCUGCAGGAGCUUCAACAUCGAAGAUCGUUGUCGGAGCUGGAGUGGUGCGCGGCGAACGGCGCCGAGGGAGCGGGCGGCGCCGCCACCGCCACCGCGCGCUCCGCCGCGCCGCACCGCUCCGCCUCCGCGCUCCCCCCGCCCUCCCGCCUGGCGCGCGCGCCGCCGCCGCCGCGCCUCGCGCGCCUGCACCGCCUCGCGCACAUCAUGCUGCUGCGCGACGCGCACGCCGCGCCGCACCCCGCGCGCCGCCCGCUCGACACCUUCCGCGGCGUCAAGAAGAUACUCGAGCCCGCGCAGUCCCGCGCCGGCGGCUUUUCUUCCUGCGCCGAGCUGCCCUCGCCGCUCGUGCGCGCCGACGCACCGCUCGACGCGCCUCUGUCCGACGAGGAACCGCGCGCAGCCUCCUUGCCGUCCUCGCCGGCGCUCAGUCGUCGCGGCAGCUUCGACGCGCCGGCGCACCCCACGCCGCGCCCGCCUCGGCUGCCCCUGCCGCGCGUGCGCUCUUGUGAAAGCGGUAUCUUCUCGGUCGCCAACGAAGAGUUGUGCCCGCGUCGCGCGGGCGGCUGUCUGUAUGGUGCGAUGUGUCCGUGCUCACUGAUCGGCUGUCACCGAUGCUGGUGGUGGCGGCGCGACGCGUCCGACCGCUCCGACGAGCUGGACGGCGAGCAGGACGGCUCGGCGGCGGACGAGGGCGAGGCGCGGCUGCGGCUGUGCGGCGUGUGCCUGCGCGCGUACGACCGCGCCCUGGACGCGCGCACGCCGCGCCGCGCGCCCCUCGACGACUCGGCGCUGUCCACCGCCACGGCCGGCUCGCUGCGCAGCCUGGACGACGGCGACGAGCGCGCCGACGAGCCCGCCUCGCCCUUCCUGUGCGGCUGCGCGGACGCGAGCCGCCCGGAGUCGGACGCGUCGGACGCGGCGGAGACGUCGGAGCGCGGCCGCGAGUACCACAUCCUGAGUCGGUGCUGCUGCGCCGAGCGGGAGGAGGGCGGCAUGGCGGCGCGCGGCCCGCUGGCGCUGCUGCUGACGCCGGGCGGCAAGCGGACGUCCAGCGUGUACACGGACAGCUCGGAGGACGUGGCGUCGCUGGCGGGCUCGGACAGCCUGUACUGCGACGAGCGGCACCCGCGGCUGGCGCGCUCGGCGCAGAUCUCUAAGAUCGUGGAGUACUUCGAGCGCAAGGGCGCGGACUUCAAGUGCGAGCGGGCGCUGAAGGGGCACGGGCGGUGCAAGGUGGGCGGCGGCGGGCGGCCGGAGUUCCUGGUGGACGUGAAGCACCGCCGCGAGCCCGACGACGGCGGCGGCCGCAAGGGACUGGCGCAGCAGCGCCUCAUGAUUUGCGAGGGCGCCGUCAAGUCCAAGCUGCCACUCUUCGACAAGAAGUCAUAACGAUAAUUACACCGAAAUCGCACAUGUUGACUGAUCCCGCGCCGACCGCGAUCUGUUCACUUGCAGUUGUUGACUGACUCUACGAGCGAUUUCGAUUAAGCCAAAUGAGGGUAUGUGUGUGACUUCCAAGUUCAGUGAUUAUAUAAUAUAUACCUGUAUAGAAGUGAGUGAUUUGAUUAUACAUAUUCAUAUAAAGAAUAUAUCCGCGAUUAUUAUACAAAAAAAAAUAAUAUUAGAAAUUCUUCAAGGCUCGUGCCAAUUCUCGUCAGAUUUAUGAAAUAUUAAAUAAAAAUUAUCAGAUAUUCAAGAAUUGCAAUGAUGAAUGAUUCUAUCUUGCACAAGUAAUAAAUUGAACUUUAAAUUAUGUUAAGGCAAUAUCCCGUUGAUGCGCACGCGUUUAUGUGACAUCGUGCAUAGACGUAUAGCCAAUUUUUAUAAACCGCAUUAAACAAAAUAAAGUAUGACACAGAUGUCGUGCACAGCGGCAGGUUGUUGCCUUCACUAAAAAAAAUUAUAUUGUUCACAUUCAUUGUUUGUUAUCAUUCCAAUUCUUUGAUAUUAUUGUAUAUAUCUUAAUGAACGUAAUGUGCCGCAUAGAAACAAAUUUAACAAUACUCUAACUGCCUACCGUCACAUUUGCAGGUAUUUUCUUUAUUUAAUGAGCUUUGUCGUAUUCUUACGACAAUGUCAUCCCGUAACUCUCCUUUUAUUGGUGUUUACUCACUUUCAUGUUUUUUUUUUUCAAUAACACCUUAAUCCAUUCUGAUGCUGAAGUCGCAUUAAUCUAUAAACAUAUCAAUUGAGUUUAUUUUUUCCGAAUUUUUUAAUGUAAUUUGAUCUAUUUAAAAAGUAACUUCUCUCUAGUUCUCAAAAUGGAAUUGCUUGUGUACUCUUUUCAGUUGAAAAUCAGACACACUUACAAAUUUUAGCAAAAACAUUAAUUCACUAAUAACGGUAAACUUUGGAUAAGCUGUUUCGUGCAUUACUUCAUUAAGAUAUUCCACAGUUAUUUUCACAUAACGAAAUCAUAUAUCGGUCAAUUUAAUAACACUUUUUGGUCGACUGAAUAAAAAAUAGGGAUAUUAAUUGGACACGUUAGUUGAUGGCGUAGUUAAGAUAAGAGGUACGAUUUUUUUUAGGGACGGGAGGAAAUAUCGUAGUGUGUUUUGUGCGCAUUCUCUUACCGAUGUCCAAAGCAGUGGUUACGGAAACAGCGAUUUAUACUUUUUAAAAUUGUUGCCACAUUACCAUUUCAUAUAAAACUUGAGGAUUUUAUUACGUAAUGUUGGUAUCACUGUUCUGACACGGUCACGUCAAAAAGCGAGUGCGUUCAAAAUAUACUAUUGAACGCGUAGACUUUAUUUAGUACAGUGGCCUACCCUAACGAGGGCGUUAUAGUCGACUUUGGUCCACGUUUUGUAUUAAAUGUUCGUUUUAUGUAUAAAUAAAACAAAUAUUUUGUAUGGAUCCGAAUAUGUAAAUAAAGAAAAUGAUUACGGAAGCCAAUUCUGAUAGCGAUGUAAGUUCUAACACUUGGUUGUGAGUACAGACACGCGCGGUCCUCGGUGUUGACAACAAUAUGCUUUCAGAGUUCUGCCGUUUUAUUAAGUUUAUAUAAUUUAUAUAAUACACAGUAUUAAUUGGUCACGUACUUGCCAGUUCGUGUUAGUUCUGUAUAUAAUAUGUUUAUGUUACAUAUCCGUCAUAAUAUCAUUUUGUAUGUAGGUUUAUAAAUGACCGUGGCGACGUUUGUGUAUACUAUAUGUACUGAUUAUUAUUUUACUUAUGUUAAUGAGUUUUGAUAAAGUUUAGGGCAUAAUUCUACACAAAUAUAUGAUUUCGCAUCGACAAAGUCAUAGAUUGCGUUUAUAUAAAUAUAAAUUCAUUAUUUACUUUAGAAUGUUACAUUUUAUAUACUGUAUAUCGUCGAGCGAGUGCCGUCUCCCGGCCGUACGGUAAUAUAUUAGAUAACAGGUGACUAGUCCUUAUAAAAGUGUUAUUUCCAAUCCGUCGAUAUGAAUACGUGUAAGUUCCCGACGUGAACUCGUUCAAUUAAAUUAUUUUCAAAUUUUAUCUCGUGUACUUUGAUUUCAUUUAUUCCACAGCUAAUUAUUGCAACCCUUUCUGUGAGCAUAAUUUGUAUAUACAUUUACAUAUUGUUAUUUUAUUAUAUACCCUCGCUGGACAACAUUCGCGACUUUCAUUGAAAGGGUUAUGUUACAAACAUUAGUUUAUUUUCUUCACAAUCAACAUGAACACCGGACGAAAUUUGGAAAUCAUUUAGUUUAAUAUGUCUAAAUUAAUUGGUAUAUGAUUAGACGUCAUACGAAAUGUGAAAUUGUGCUCAGAGCAUCUGAGCAUUCAUUGAAAAUAAUCAUAACGUACAAAUUUGUGUCAAAAAUCGUAAUAAUCACUUACUGGUUUGGCGACGGUUAUUUUACUCACGGACCACGGUCUACUUCAUCUCCCCUGUAUCAGCGAGAGGGUAGGCAGUGCGGAAAGUGCCUCUACAGCUGGCUGGAGUUAUUUAGGCCUCAGGCUGUGAUAUGGGAAACCUAUCAUCCUAACAGAUUGAUUGCAUCUGUAAACAACACUGCAUGGCCUCGCUGAUCAUACACCCUAAGUUCACUGUUAUAAUGAGGCGAUGAAUAUAAAGCCCAAAUAAUAAAAAAUAAUAAUAUAAAUAUUUCAUAAAUCUUUAUUAUCAUUAUUAGUAGUUCGUAAUUCCCGCACAGCAACACUGGCGAUGACGUCAUGCUCGCGGAAACAUCUUUUAUCUGUUAUCAGCCAAUAUCCCUUCCACUACAUUAAAAAUAGUUGGACAACUGGUAGACAUUUUGGGACAGUUGUUUAAAGCAAAGUUUAACUUUGUUAAAACUUUUUUCUAGUUACACUCGAAUACUAUAAUGCAGAUCAGAUUAUAUUUAAAUAAUAAAUUAUAUGAUAUUAAAAUUUCAAAAUUCCUCAAGAAUCUUGGUUGCAAAAAAAAAACAUUUUUAUAUUUUUUUCCUUUUAGCCAAGUCUGCAUUAUACUAUUAUAUAGUACUCAGGUAUAGCUAGUUAAAUUUAACAUUGCGUCAACCACCUUCCUAAAAUAUUUGAAAAUAUACAACUAUGUUAAAAUAACCGACGUCGAACAUAAAUCAUGAAUUGAUAAAAAUAUUUUUGUAAAUACAGUAUUACUCAUAUAUAUUUAAUAUUCAUAUAUAUUAUCAUUUAAUCAUGUGCAUUGUGUCAGGGUAUAAAUCGAUGGUGUAAAAUUGUAUAUAGAGUUGUCAACGUUCGAAAACUUGUCAUGUGAGUGAUGUAAGUAAAUAGUUUACUGUGGAAUAAUUUAGCUAAAUAUUGCAGCUUAUAUUAUAGGACAAAUUGACCGAAGUGUGGGCUUCUAUUGGUUACUCAUACAAUACUAAAGGCGGUUUCAAGCACUUACAUUACUCGAUAAUAUUAUUAUUUAACAUAUUUUAAAUCUGUU